GUCAAUAUACAUACAUCAAUGAAUACAUACAUGUAUGUACUCUGGCUGUGUGGAUCGAUCGGGCCAUGCUUGUAUAAUGUGAGCCAGGGAGGAAUUCUGUGGCUGACUGGAUUGGAGGCUUGCAGUUGACCGACCGGUUGAUUCACACGCCUACGCAAGUCCACCCACCUAGGGACAGACAUUAUCCAUCGGUCGAUGUACUCACUAACCACAGAUGCAUGGUCUGUGCUACAUCCAUCCACAUGUACACAGUCCAUGGCAUGCACCAGGACAGCACGCAAAAACCCCAUACAUAUAUAUAUCUGGCCUUUCUGGGUGUGGCCGACAGCCUCGCUGACAGCCUCCUAACUUCACACUCUCCUCACCCAGCGAGUCAGUCAGUGAGUGUGUGUGUAUCUGCGGGUUUGGUUGCGCCCCUGGCGCGGGUGGGGGGCCCCCCGCCGCCCGCUGCGGUCUGUCUGCCCCUCUUCGUCGUCCGACAGACCAUGCUGCAUUCUUCCCCACUCCUCCAGAGGAUCACGCAACAGCGGCACCAGCAGCUGCCGAACGAUGUUUCUCUCGAUGGUCUCAUUGUGGCUCUGGAUGCUCUCCACCGACUCGAUUGGACUGCCUGCUGCAGCAUUGCACUCACGAAGGACCAGCGGCGCAGCGGAGAGGCUGGCCAACGGUGCCCACACCUGUUUCAUCAAAUAAUUCAUGAGACAAGACACACACGAGAAAUGCUCACUCAAUCGUGGGGGAUGGAUGUCAUGGUAGCGACGAGUGGCCACCUACCUCCGCUGAGUGUACAGUGAAGACCGGCUCGACGCUGACGGAGUGAGUGGUGCCGAAGAGGCCAUUGGGCCAGCUGCUGCCCUCCUUCAUGUCUUUCCCGAUACUGAGAGCAGAAUGGCCGUAUGGGCCGCCAAAGCUGACGCCAUCGCGCUUCAAGUGGAACGACACCUGCUUGGCAUGAGUCACCAUCGCACACCAGGCCUUCCCCAGAGCACCACGGUCAUCCCCGCGGCGCAGGAAUGGGAGGAUAGAAGUCUCACUACUAGCAGGGGGCGCCUCAGGGUCCGGCUCCUGAAGGCCAAGUGCGGGUUGGUGCUGCUGGUGGGGCACGAGGGAGAAGAGCAUGUAGCUGCUCACAUCGGAGUGGCAGGUUUGCUGCCCCAGCCGCCAUUGGAAAGGGGUCACAACGCCGAACGGCUGCAGAGCCAGAAAAGACAGAAAACGGGCUGUGCUGUGGGUGUCCGACGCACUUCCGCUGUAUCUGUCCGUGUAUGGUCUGUGUCUGUCUUUCGGGGGGAAGUAGACACCUGGCUGGGUCCCUGGUCAGUCCGCUGGCGCACGACAAGUACUGCGUGUUUAACUGUGGCGAGUCGAUCAAGUAGUGUGUGGAAUGAGCAUCCGUCCCGAGAGGUGGACCAUAUCUUGACCAGUGAGGAGAGGGAUGAGAGGGAGUCCAGAGGGUAGGCCAGUGGACGAGGCGGCAGCGGCCCUCCACUCGACAAGGCAGCCAAGGCAGCGCCACGCCACACCAGAGGCAGGAGGGCCGCCUUGUCGGGCUGGUCCACGAUACGACGAUACACUCCCAGCGAGCGGCACACCACGCUGGUGGACACAUGCACCAAGAAGGACACACACACAGACAGACAGCACUUUGAAUGGUGUGGUGUGUGGAUGGAACUGAACUGCCAUCCAUCAGUCAGUACUGCGUGCGUGCACACCUGUGGCAGCCAUCACAGUGGACUCCACGGUCGCUGACAGGAGGUGACACAGCCACCUUAGCACCACACGAUACACAGGUACGCAGCGCGCAGCAUACACACACCCACCGCCACCAUAUGCUGGACAGCUGACAGAGGCGCGAAUCACGGCUCAGUCCAAGGGUCCACACGCGGCCGUGAAGCCGCAGGAACCGACUGGACACACACACACGCACAGACACAAACGAAUAGAUGUUGAUCGAUGUGUGUUGAUACGUUUGGUUGUGUGGUUGUGGUGGUGGGUGGGUCAGUCGGUGGAUAGCUCACUCACUGGCUUACUGACUGACCCCUUCCAGAGCUCUGCAGUCCACGCCUCUGCUGCGUCGAUUGACCCCAGAGAGGCGUGCCCCCUGCUGUCCAUCAGCCACGCGGGACCCAACAAGACGGUGCGCAGCGUGGAGUCCACCACUGGCAGCACUGAAACCACUUGGGCUGCAAACAACAUAUCGAGGACUACUGCCAGCACCUGCAUCAUCACACAACAGAAUGGAAUGAUGCAUCUCGUUCUGCCAGUUGAGAUGUGGCAGAAUCAGUCGGGCUGCAUGAGUUGGCUUGUGGCCGUUUUGUGUCACCUCUUGCGGCAGGGUGCCGAAUGCGUUGUGACGUUCGGUCGUUGACUCCCUGCCUGGAGCUGCGCAUGAGGCCGCUUGCUGACCCCCAGAUACCCACAGAUGCAUGGGAGUAGGUGAACUAAAGACGGCUGGAACUAUGACAAACGCUUUUAUGGACACAGCAUCUCUCAGGGCCGGGCCGUCGUCCCAAGGCCGUCG